UUUGUUUUUGCUGCUGCAUUGCAUUUUUGUGGGACAAGUUGUGUUUGUUAAAAAAAUUGAUUAAAACGCUUUAAACAUGGUUAUAAAUAUUCUACUUAAUCCAUUGUCUUGCUUGAUUGCCUUGGAUAUGAUAUCACACAUGAGAGUAGUCAGUGCGAUUCAUGCACGUAGUGAGAAGGAACAACCAGCAACGCCUGCACAAUCGGUGGUGCCAAUUACAUCUCCAUCCUCUUUACCUGGCGCAGUAACACCCGCUUCGGAUUUCAAUCCAUUGGGUCCAUUAGUUAUGUGUUCUUUCUUGCCGCUUGACUUUUUAGACUGCAAGGAUGCAAUUGAUCAUGAUAAAAACCAUACGGCCAAGGCAGUGAAGGGUUAUGGAUGUUUGCGUUUUGGUGGAUCUACAUAUGAUGAGGUGGAGCAUACCGAAGUCCAGUGCACAGUUUUUCCCGAUAUAGACUGCUAUGGACCACGCACUUUUUUGCGAGGUGGUAUACCAUGCAUACGGUACACAGAUCAUUACUUCGUGACAACUUUAAUAUACAGUAUUCUUUUGGGGUUUUUGGGAAUGGAUAGAUUUUGUUUGGGCCAAACAGGUACUGCCGUCGGGAAAUUGUUGACAAUUGGUGGAGUUGGGGUAUGGUGGGUUAUUGACAUAAUAUUACUCAUUACGAAUAAUUUACUACCAGAAGAUGGAAGUAAUUGGAAUCCAUUCGUGUAAUUUCAAAAA